AUGGACGGCAAGAGACACCCAAGCUCGUUCCAGCAGCUUGAGAAGCUUGGCGAGGGCACCUAUGCCACUGUAUUCAAAGGUCGCAAUCGGCAGACAGGAGAGCUCGUCGCCCUCAAGGAAAUCCACCUGGACUCGGAAGAAGGCACCCCCUCGACGGCGAUAAGGGAGAUCUCGCUCAUGAAGGAAUUGAAGCACGAGAAUAUUGUCGCCCUUCACGAUGUUAUCCACACCGAGAACAAGCUGAUGUUGGUGUUCGAAUACAUGGAUGGUGAUCUUAAGAAAUACAUGGACACCCAUGGCGAUAGAGGCGCCCUAAAGCCUCACCAGAUCAAGUCGUUCAUGUAUCAACUGCUGAGAGGCAUCGACUUCUGCCACCAGAACAGAGUUUUACAUCGAGAUUUAAAGCCCCAGAACCUCUUGAUUAACGGCAAGGGACAACUGAAGCUUGGGGAUUUCGGUCUUGCUCGCGCCUUCGGCAUUCCCGUCAACACGUUCUCAAACGAGGUGGUCACAUUGUGGUAUCGUGCACCGGAUGUCCUUUUGGGCAGCAGAACGUACAACACUAGCAUUGAUAUUUGGUCUGCGGGCUGUAUCAUGGCGGAAAUGUACACGGGCAGACCGCUGUUCCCUGGCACAACAAACGAGGACCAGAUCAUUCGCAUUUUCCGCAUUAUGGGAACCCCAACCGAACGGACCUGGACUGGCAUUACGCAAUUCCCCGAGUACAAGCCCACUUUCCAGAUGUACGCCACUCAAGACCUUCGCCAGAUUCUUCCUCAGAUCGAUCCCACGGGCAUUGAUUUGCUCCAAAGAAUGCUUCAGCUACGCCCUGAACUUCGCAUCAGUGCUCACGAAGCCCUCAAGCAUCCCUGGUUUAACGAUAUCGUCAUGCAACAGCAUCAGCAGCAAGCUUUGCAAGCACAAGCUAGAGCCUACCCAGGGCAAGGGUCUUACGAAAAUUACUGA